CUGACUCUGAAACACAGAAAUACAAUACAUUAUUUUUAGGUUACUUUGAUAAUUUUAAAGAGAUCAUAGGAUUCUGGUGUUUUCGGUUUGUUUUGCAGUGCAGUGUGGGGUCGGCGGCGUCACGAUGGAAGAUACGGUUGUUUUCGACGAGAAAUUGCUCAAGUCAAUAAAGGUCGCGAUAAAACGGGGCGACUUUCAGCAAAAUCAGUCCACGAAGGACUCUCCGCUCAAACGGGAUCUACUCGAUCCCGAAUCAUUAAAAAUUCAUAUCAACGGUACGAACCGAGUGCCUGUCUUCUCCCGGGCCGAUGUGAAGGCGAACGCUGUUAAAUUGGAGACUGAAAGCUUGGACAGUGUUGACAGGCCGAAAUCGAGUGCACUCUUUAAGGAGUACUACAAUCAUGCCCCACCUUCGCAUCCGGGAUGCUCGAAGGACAAUGCUUAUCCAAGCACGUCUCGGGAAUACCAGAGCACGAGCAGUCGGCGUUACAGGGAUCGUUCGAAGAGUAGCGAGAUAUCUGAUUCUUCGAGAAGUCGCAGGGAGUCGCGGAGGUCGAAUGAACGUAAAUCGCGUAAGUACGAUGGCGAUGGACGAAGUAAGUCUCCCAAGUACUACAGGAGAUCGUCUUCGCGAUCCAGGGAACGCAGAAAGAGCAGGUCUCGGUCUCCUAGCGAGAAAUAUUAUAAGGAAUAUGCGACGAGCAGGAGGAAAUCGCAGUCACCUAACAGAAGAAGAAGUCCCGACUACAAGUACAAGAAGAAGUACCCGAGAAGUCCCGAGAGGAGACGAUCUCAAACGCCUUUGAGGCCCGGCGAGUACAGGCCACCGAAACACCACGAGAGAUCUCCACCGACGCACAGAAGGAAAUCUCCACCACUGAGGCCGGGAGAGUACAGACCGAAGAGGUACCAUUCCCGGUCCCCGGAGAGAUCUCGGAGUCCUGCUGUGAGACAUCCGCGACCGGCACCGCACGGCUUUUACGAACCAUUCAUUCCGCCACCGCCUCAUAUGAUGCCGCGCUACAUGCCGGACAUGUUCAGAUCGAACGGUCCGAUCCUGAUUCCACAUAUACAGUAUAUACCAGUGCCGCAGCCGAUGAUGCCACCCAUACGGCAUCACACACCAAUACGACCACCGAGGAUAUAUAAUAAUAGAACUAUACCGAUUCUAAAUACUCAGGUUAAAAACGUGGCUCCGACGAAGACUGACGAAAAGAAGGAAGACAGUAAAGAAGAAGAGUAAAGUAAAAUAUAUAAAUGUAUAUAUGUAUUAAAUAAUUA